CAACUUCAUUCACUCUUAAUGGGCUUAAUUACUAAUCAUUACUGAUCUCACUGUGGAAAAAGGGCCUGUCAAAUCACAACUGUCAACCUUUCGUCAGAAAAGAAAAGAGAAGCGAAAGGCUCAUAGUCAUUUCACAUUUCACGUUUUCCGACGAGCUACUGCCGAUCCUUCCUCCCGCCGUGGCUAAAUCCUCGCUACGACCAACCAACCGCCGCACCAGUUGAUACGAUCUGAAUCUCAGUUCGACCCUUCCCCAAUGUUGUGCUCAGUCCCCGGCGGGAAGCCCAGUUCAAAUUGGCUGGACCGACUCCGAUCCACCAAAGGCUUCCCCACCUCCGGCGACGUCGGAUUAGACGACUUCCUUCUCACCAAACCCACCGCCGACGAAGACGCUUCCGAUUCCCCUACAUCCGAUGAUGCUGCCGCCUCCAAUUCCCUCGUUAACUCCAACUCCGUCGCGGAGCAAGCCCCCGAGAUUUCCGACCGAAAUGGUGAAGGGGACUGGUUCGGCGUGAUGACCAAUGUCCUCUCCGAUCUCUUCUACAUGGGCGGACCCACCGGAAUCUCCAGGAAGAAGAGAGCCAGGAAGCAGACGAACCCUAAGUUCUGCGCCCUUCCUGCCUCACCUGCGCUGCGGAAAGACGAGAAGGCGGCGGGUGUGACGAAGGCUUCGCUCAAUUCCAACCGCAAUUCGAACAUUGUACGGUCUCAGCGCGGCGGGGAUUGCGCGGAUGAGGUCGAUGAGGAGCAGGAUAAGGGCGAGUGCCGCCGUGGCGACGGUGAAGGGUGUGGAGGGGAUCGAGAGCUGAAAGGGUACUCGCGGAGUGAAGUGACGGUGAUUGAUACAAGCUACGAGGUGUGGAAGUUUGACAAGCUGGUGUUCAGGAAGAGGAACAUUUGGAAAGUGAGGGACAAGAAGGGUAGGUCGUGGCUGUCUGCUGCUGCGAAGAAGAAGAGGAAGAAGGGGAGUGGUGGGCUGGAUUCUGAGUAUGAUCAUGGAAGUGUAUCCGGUGGAGCCAAGAAGAAAGCUAAGGUCUUGAAUUUCCACUCCACUGUGGUUGCCAUUGGUGGAAAUUGUCUGUCGCCUUCUGAUGAUAGUCAGAAGUCACAGGAUGAGGAAAUGGAAGAUGUUCCCACACAAGUAGGAGUUGAGCUUUGCCAAGUUCCUAGAAUCAACAGGGUCCAUGAUUACAGAUCCCCCAGAAUAUCAAACAAAGGCAACUCACCAGUAGUUCUCAUCAAAGCUAUGCCCAACAGCAAGAAAAGUGGGGGAAAUGUCCCCAAGAAUCAACUCAAGGAACGUCAAAGGCAACAGAAGGCUUGAUGGAUUUCGUUCUUUCCCCUAACCUUUCGAAUCCAUGCGCCCCAGACGAUGCAAUUCCCUGAAAUGACGGGCUUAUCUCCAUCAAAGCAUACAUUUCAACUGCUCAACAACCCGCGAUGUCCUGAAUCAGUUUGGACCUGAAGCCAAAGUGCAUAUGAUUUGUGCAGGCAUGGAUCUAUGUCUCAUGCAGCAUCUCGCAUCCCUUUUUUUUUUUUUUCUCGUUCUGGGGAUAUUCAUUCUUCGGUUGUAUUUCGAAACUGUCUAUAUGCAUCGCUUACCAGCUAAUGUAUGUAUUAUUGUGUACACUUCUGGUCAUUAGAAAUGAACAUGAAACAUCUACCCCUUUGUGUUUGCCACCAGCAAUGUUUGUAUGAUUGUAUUGGUGUAUCAUAUACAACUAUUCAAUUGAUAUUCGAGACAGAGGUGUGAAUAGAUCGAAAGCGAACUCGUCGAAAAGAACUUUCUUUCAUCAACACAGUAAAUGAAUCAUCAUCAA